AUGACGGCCGCUGGUAACACUACAACACGGCUACUGGGAAUUUUCCAGAAGGUGGAGUAUGUGUUUUUAGUGGGCGUAGGAGGCGGUGUACCGCACUACACGGAUUACGAACGCCACGUGCGUCUUGGCGACGUCGUAGUUUCAACUCCGGCGCCGGACUUACCCGACAAGUACGUAUACAUAUUCUGUGAGAAGGCUGCAAGAAACGACAAAGGCGGAUGGGACUAUGAAGUUAAACCAUACAAGCCGGCUGAUUUCCUUCUCCAAAACAUAGCUGCUCGUCUGACUAACUCGAAAUCGGUUUGGGACUCCUAUGUAAGCGAAGGUCUAGAACGUCUGAGAGGUGUGCCAGGCAGGUGGGAGCCUCCAGAAGUAGCCACAGAUCGUCUCUGCGUAGAGAUCGGGGAGGGUGCAUUCAUCGAAGUAUCUCACCCGGCACCGCAGGGAGAUCAAAUCGACCGCGCGGGCGGCGGCGUGCGCGUGCACCUGGCGCCGGUGGCGGGCGGGCGCAGCGUGUGCGCGUCGGGCGAGGCGCGCGCCGCUUUCGCUGCGCACGCGCGCGCUCUCGCCUACGACUGCGAGCUCGACGCCGUACUCGACAGUGUCAUCGGCAACAGGAAGGACUGCUUCGUUUCCAUUAGAGGUAUAUCAGACUACCGCGACGGUACGCGUGGUAAGGAGUGGCAGCCGCACGCCGCCCUAGCAGCCGCAGCUGUCAUGAAGGGCAUCAUCGCCGCCAUGGACCCGCCUACUGACUAA